ACGAAAGUAACAACUCCAGUACGAUCAAAACUUAUUAUAUCAUGUCUUAAUGAACUACCUUCGGUCGGUUUGGAGUUGUGUUCGUCCAUGUGUCUGCGUUAUUUUUUGUGGACUAUGAACCCAAAUGCAAGUCGACAACAAAGAUAAGGAAUAAAUAUCCAUGUUUCCAGAUAAUCAGGUUCUGUUCGACUUUUCGUUACCUUGUCUUUAAGAAGCUGAAUUCCUGUCGUUGGAGAAGAAUAAACAGUCUUACCAUGCCGAAAUGCAAAGGUCUCCUCGAGCGCAUAAAGGAUGGAGAGACUACCAUUAUCGCUGAGGGGUAUUUAUUUGCCUUUGAACGUCUUGGCUACCUGAAAGCAGGACCGUUCACCCCUGAAGUUGUAGUGGAUCAUCCCGAGCUUGUACGCCAGAUGUACAAGGAUUUCGUGCGAAGCGGAAGUGACGUAGUUCAAGCAUUGACUUACUAUGGAAACAGAUACAAGAUGGCCAUCGUCGGUCGUGGUGACGAGCUGGAAAAGCAGAAUCGUCUCGCCCUUAGACUAGCGAGGGAGGUCGCCGACGAAACAGGUACCCUAAUGUGCGGGGAUAUUUGUAAUACAUUCGUCUACCAACCCGGCAAUGAGGAGGCUAUCGAGAAGACGAAAGCGAUGUUCAAGGAACAGAUAGAAUGGGCAGUGGACGAAGGGGCUGAUUUCAUAAUGGGCGAGACGUUUGGAAUGUUUGGUGAAGCUCUUCUUGCUGCACAGGCUAUCAAAGAACAUGGAAAAGGCCUACCAGCAGUCAUAACCAUGACUCCUCACGUCAGCCGAGACAGUGAGGGUCGACUCUGUACUCUUGAUGGAGUCGAGUUUAAUGAGGCCUUCAGGAGAUUAGUCGAGGAAGGGGCAGAUGUCGUAGGGUUGAACUGUACCCGAGGUCCAGAACUUACCAUGCCUAUGAUGGAAGGCGCCAUUAAAGCAGGGAUUAAGGUUUUCCGAAGAAUUCUAGAGCCCUUUCCGGUUCAUAAUUCAUAG